AUGGAACGACUUGAUGAACUCCAGCGGUUGCAAAUUGAGGCAAAACAAAAUAUUGAGGAGUUCCUCCUCGCUUCCAGUAAUAUUCCACCCGGCGUAGUUGACGGACCUGACUGGAAGGCCGCCAUGGGUGUGCGGACCAAAGCCAUACAGGCAUUAGAUAAAGCUGCUGAGAUCGGGCAUGAGGUUCGUCGUGCCUGUAUUCCAGACGGCAUAUGGCUGCAGCGGGAAGGUGCUCCUCUUAGUAACAGGGAUGAUCACGGAAGCGACGCCUCCAUACCCAGUAUCAGCAUACAGGAGCACAUUCCUCCCCUUAUAGCGGCGCAAAUUUUGUUAGUUGUUCGCGAUACGCAUGUUAUGUUGCGGGAAUUGUUUGCCCAUAACAACCAAGGUCAUGCGUCGCAAGGGGAUAUGCUGGAGGCUGUGAAGCAGGCCAAAGAGGCAUGCAAACUAGAACAACAUGUAGCCGCCGUUGUGAGGAAGCAGCGGGCCGUGGUGACAAGUCAAGGAGAUGCCGCUGACCCGAAGACGGUGCAGCAGUUGGUCGCCGUUGAGGAGAAGGUGAACCUUCUUCGACAGGCGAUGAGUUCCAUACAGAUUGCCGUCCUCUUACAUAACGCGGGUCAGUGUGACCGAGCGAUCAGGCGUCACCGCGCCGCUGUUCGGAUGUUGGAAACUGCGGUAAGCAACCCAUCGGCAGGGGGAUUCGGUGUCAAUUGUAUGAAGGAGGCUUGUGAGCUCCUUCCGGUCGCGCUGUACAAUGUUGGCUGUGAACUUGAGCAUAUUUCUUCAUUGGAAGUUGAUAGUAAUAAACAGUUGGCUAUAGAACGAGAAAUGCAAACCAGCUUUUCGAGGGCCUUAGAACUUGGUAAGCAGUACUUGGAACCCAACCAUCCGCUUCGUUUGAAACUUGAGGGCAUCCAAGAUGCCCCAAAUCAGGCGGAACCCAUGGUAGAGCCGCAUGAGGAUGGAAGAAGAUCGAACCGACCGUCACGACUUGAGGCUAACAUCCUUGGCGAAACAGUUGGAUCGAAUCAAAGCAUAUUGAGUCUGCCACAGAUUAGCCAAGGUAGGGUCACUGCACCAUCGCGCAACGCCUCUACCCCACGCACAGUAACGACCGCAGGGAUGAGCUCGUUCGCAACUGUCAGCACGAAAAUUGCACUUCCCUCGCUGCAAGACCGCCUUCCGAGUUUCCCAGUAGUUGUAGGUGAUUCGGAUUCUCAACUAAACGAUAAUUGGUACCAGGCUGCCAUAAAGUGGGACCCUUCUAUGCCUCUUGGUGGAACGCGAAAACGGACCGUUGAGGUUGUGGUAAGUGGGGAACAUGUAAAUACAAAACACCUCUUCACCUGUCACAGGUUACGACGGCCGAGUGAUGCGCUGCGGCUCGGCGGUGUGAGUGUGGAGGAUACGCUUUUUGCGGAGAAAAGGCGCGAGGAAGAGCGGGAGAGGGAAAAAAUGUUAGAAAUACAGCGGCGAAGAAGGAGGCUCCGUCGCCAACGAAGUUUUCUGCCUGCAUUUGUCGGGCCAGGGAAACCAGGUGCAGCGCAAGGUGGAAGCGAGUCGAAGAAAAAGUCAAGGAAAUCAAAAGAGGAAAGAAAUGAAUCGACCUUGGAGAUCGAUGAAGGCAUGUUGCAGGCGGACGGCGAUGGUUUCGUUGGUGGGGAAGCACUAUUAGCCUGUAUUGAUCGUAUGAAAAGCAGGAAAGAUGACAAAAAAAAGCAUAAGAAAGCGAAGGGCGAUGAUAAAGAUACAAAAUCAGAUGGCGAUGAUGAUGACGAUGAUGGUACUGUUACCGAUGAGCUUAGUGGUGAUGGAACCUUAACAAACCUAUUAAACCGUGUCCGAGCAAGGAAAAAGACGUCGAGUGGUACCGGGGAAAUAGCCAUAGUUACAGAAAAUUCUGCCGCCGACAACCUUGGUGCCGGGGACCAACUGCUGGCGCGAGUGAAAAAAGCUAAACGGAAAACAGAGAAGAAGAAGAAAGUCAGGAAGCGCGUUGAGAGUGAGGAUCUUACCAAGAGUCUCUUCAACGAUUUCUCUAGCGGUGACGCGCUGCUUGCCCGACUGGGUCUUAUUGGUGACGACAUGAAGAAAAAGAAGAAAAAGAAGCGAUCAGCAAAGGGGCAUGAUAAGGAGGAACCCACCACCUCCGAGGAGGGCGGAUCUUUACGCGCCUCCCAAGCCCCUCUGAGCGAUUCCCAGGCACUAAAGCGCAAAGUGAAGAAACGAAGCCACAAGCGAGCAGCGGAUGGUGGAAGUUCAUCAGUCGGUUCCCCCUUACAUGAUUCCGCACUGGGAAUGGACAAAGGAGACUCUGACGCUGACCUGCAAGAAAGUUCGGGAGCGUUCAACCUGAAAAGUGCGCUUGCGAAGAAACCCAAACGCCGACCCAGAAUCGACAAGGCCCAAUCUUCUGAUAGCACUCAGAGGCCCAAUUCAGGUGAAGCAGCAGCUAGUGAACGUGAGGGGUCGGCGCAUGGGUUAGUUUGUGAGGAUAAAAAAGAUGAGGAAUCGGAUGAGGAAGAGGAAUCGGAUGAGGAAGAUGAAUCAGAUGAAUCGGAUGAAGAAGAAACGGAGGAAACCGAAGAAAGUGAGGAAACUGAGGAGAGUGAAGAAAGUGAGGAGGAAACAGUAGAAGAGAAAAAAGAACGCUGCGAGAUCGAACUCGUUAACUACUUCCGGCAACUUUUCCAGUGGCGUAUGCUCUCAGCCAUCAAAAUACAAUGCGCCUGGCGUGUUUAUCAGGCGCGUGUUGCACUGCGUGAACGGCAGCAGAUUCUCUACAAGCGUGUUUACCGGGUGCAAAAGGCCGCAGCAAUGUGUAUUGAAGGCUUUAUUCACUCUGUUGUCGCGCAAAAACAUCUGCGUUUGACGCAGCAAAGGUACGCUACGGCUAUGGAUGAGCGAAUUGAACGAGAAAAUCGUGAAAUCAAGGCAGCACUUGUUAUUGCGCGCUAUGGAAAGGAUUACGUUGCUCGGCGAAGAGUUCAGCGGUACCUUUGUAAACUGCUUAGACUCAACAACAUGGAAGAGUUACGGCUGCGCGUUGUGGCGCAGACGAUCGUGGCGCGUUGGUGGCGACUUGUUUAUCCACGCAGGCAAUACUGGCGGCGGCGGGAGCGUGAAAUUAAGGAAGAGCAGAGAGAAGAGGAGUUGCUUCGAAAACAAAACAGCGCGGCAACUGUCAUUCAGCGACACUAUAAAGGCCAUCUGGACCGACGAAAAGUGCGUCUCCUUAGGGAGCGGUUGGCAGAAGAGUACGAGCAACGGCAGCGAAAACUUAACGAAAGUAUCGAUCUUGUGCGGUUGUGCUUGCAGGAGUACAAACGCCGCCGUGAGCGUCUUGCGCUGGAAGCUGCACAUCGUGAGGUCAAACGUGAAGAGGCUGCCGCAGUCAUACAGCAAGGAUGGAAGAAUGCCUUACGGCUGCAGGUUGUGCACAAUGCACUCAACCACUGCCGUCGAACAGUGCGUGCAGUGCUGUUGAUCCAGCGCGUGGUCCGUCGCUUCCUUGCUGAUGGAACUGUACGGUAUCUCCGCAGGGUGCAGCAAGUUACCAGUAGGGACCGCCUGGACGAAGAAUACCGCAUAUACCGAGCAACCAUAAAACUUCAAUCAUUUGCUCGCAUGGCAAUAGCAAAACGAACCGCACGGCACCGCCGUGCGGCUAUCGGUCGUGGUUUCUUCUAUGCAGCGAUGAGGAUUCAAAGUGCGAGUCGCGCCGGGACUGUGCGCAUGCAACUGGGUUAUGCACUGCGACUCCGCCGUCAAGCCAUGGAGUUGUACCAGUGGCUUCGUCACGAACAAAAAUUGAAAAUUGUGGCCCACAUUGGCGCAUUUCUCCGUGCACGACGAAGCUGCCAAAUAGCCGAGGAACGACGCUGCCGUCGGUUAACGGAUAAGUUGAUUGUCCGCAGGGUCGUGCGGCGGCAGUUAUUCCUCGAUAAAUGCGCAACCGUUAUUCAGCGUGGGGUUCGUCGCUGGAUAGCACGGCGCCGCAAGAAGGAGGCGGAAGAGCGUGAGCGUGCUCUUCGUGCUUUAGUUCUUUCGUGUGUCACGCGCAUUCAGGCUGUCAUGCGCGGAUUUCUUGCACGACGUGAUUACCGACUUCGUUCCUAUUUGGUGCAACGGGAGGCGCGUAAACGAGAGGAAAUGGAAGAGGUGGCCGUGGAACUAUGGGUCGAUGAGUGGCGGGCGACGAUGUUGCAAUGUGAACAUGAUCGGCGGCGAAUUGAGGUGCUAGAGGAAAAAUCCCGCGAUGUUAUUAGCUGGUGCUUUAGCAGGACAUCGCUUCCUGGCGCCGCCGCGUUGUUGGUAGUCAAAAAUAUUAUGAGGGACACUGAUGAUAGUGAUGAGGAGUUAGACAGCGUAUAUUGUACGUACAGAGAAGACUCGUGA